UUUCCGCCUCCCCAGCCUGCCUGAGAGCUGGGAGCUGGAUUAUGGUGGCCUAACCAGCAAACGCAGCUGCAGGAGCCCGGAGCCUUGCUUCUUCCCCCGCUGCUGACCUGCCGGGAGGACAGGGAAACCAGUCGCUGCCGACCUGCCAUGCCCGCCCCGCCCAGCCGCCCGGAGGUCCCAAGCCAUCCUCUCCCAGACCUGUGCUGAGGCUGGACGCCGCUGGCCAGAUGUAACCAGUUAUCUGUCUCUUCACCUUCUCCCUCUCUGCGGAUUGCUCCUGCCGGAUACCCACAGCCUGGACCCGGGACUGGCUCAGGGGCCUGCAGACUCUGGAGCCCUGAUGCCGCACACCUCUCUCUCCUGAGAAGCCACCACCAGAGUUGGGGGCAAACAACAGGGACAGACGUGGGCCCAAGUGAGUCCCGCGGGCCAGAAGGCCAGGGCCCACUAUGGCCCAAGCACUGCCCUGGCUCCUGCUGUGGAUGGGCUCAGCAGUGCUGCCUGCCCACUGCACUCAGCCUGGCAUCAGGCUGCCUCUGCGGAGUGGGAUUGGGGGGACUCCGCUGGGACUGAGGCUGCCCCGGGACACUGACGAGGAGCCGGAGGAUCCUGGCCGGAGGGGCAGUUUUGUAGAGAUGGUGGACAACCUGAGGGGCAAGUCCGGUCAGGGCUACUACGUGGAGAUGACCGUGGGCAGCCCCCCACAGACGCUCAACAUCCUGGUGGACACAGGAAGCAGUAACUUUGCAGUGGGGGCUGCCCCUCACCCUUUUCUGCAUCGCUACUACCAGAGACAGCUGUCCAGCACAUACCGGGACCUCCGGAAGGGCGUGUAUGUACCCUAUACCCAGGGGAAGUGGGAGGGGGAGCUGGGCACCGACCUGGUGAGCAUCCCUCAUGGCCCCAAUGUCACUGUGCGUGCCAACAUUGCUGCCAUCACUGAAUCAGACAAGUUCUUCAUUAACGGCUCCAACUGGGAAGGCAUCCUGGGGCUGGCCUAUGCUGAGAUCGCCAGGCCCGAUGACUCUCUGGAGCCUUUCUUUGACUCCCUGGUAAAGCAGACCCACGUUCCCAACCUCUUCUCCCUGCAGCUCUGUGGUGCUGGCUUCCCCCUCAACCAGUCAGAAGCGCUGGCCUCAGUUGGAGGGAGCAUGAUCAUUGGGGGUAUCGACCACUCACUGUACACAGGCAGCCUCUGGUACACACCCAUCCGGCGGGAGUGGUAUUAUGAGGUGAUCAUUGUGCGGGUAGAGAUCAAUGGACAGGAUCUGAAAAUGGACUGCAAGGAGUACAACUAUGACAAGAGCAUCGUGGACAGUGGCACCACCAACCUUCGUUUGCCCAAGAAAGUUUUUGAAGCUGCAGUCAAAUCCAUCAAGGCAGCCUCCUCGACGGAGAAGUUUCCAGACGGCUUUUGGCUAGGGGAACAGCUGGUAUGCUGGCAAGCAGGGACUACCCCUUGGAACAUUUUCCCCGUCAUCUCACUCUACCUAAUGGGUGAAGUGACCAAUCAGUCCUUCCGCAUCACCAUCCUUCCACAGCAAUACCUGCGGCCAGUGGAAGACGUGGCCACGUCUCAAGACGACUGUUACAAGUUUGCCAUCUCACAGUCAUCCACUGGCACUGUUAUGGGAGCUGUUAUCAUGGAGGGCUUCUAUGUCGUCUUUGAUCGGGCCCGAAAACGAAUUGGCUUUGCUGUCAGUGCCUGCCAUGUACACGAUGAGUUCAGGACGGCAGCGGUGGAAGGCCCUUUUGUCACCCCAGACAUGGAAGACUGUGGCUACAACAUUCCUCAGACAGAUGAAUCAACACUCAUGACCAUUGCCUAUGUCAUGGCUGCCAUUUGCGCCCUCUUCAUGCUGCCACUCUGCCUCAUGGUGUGUCAGUGGCGCUGUCUCCGCUGUCUACGCCAUCAACAUGAUGACUUUGCUGAUGACAUCUCCCUGCUGAAGUGAGGAGGCCCACGGGCAGAAGACGGAUUCCCCUGGACCACAUCUGGUGGUUCACUUUGGUCACAAGGAGACAGAUGGCACCUGUGGCCAGAGCACCUCAGGACCCUCACCCACCCACCAAAUGCCUGUUCUUGACAGAAAAGUAAAAGCUGGCAAGGUGGGUUACAGGGAUUGUACCUGUAGGAGAAGGAAGAAAGAAAUGCUCUGGUGUGGGAAUAUCCUGGUCACUUCAAACUUGAGUUGGGAAGUUCUGGUGUUUCAAAUUUCAGUCUGGAACCUUUGCCCACCAACCCUCUCAGUUCUCCAAUCCAAAGUAUUCUUUUCUUAGUUUCAGAAGUAGUGGCAUCACACCCAGGUUACCCCAGUGUGUGUCUCUGCAGUACCCUGGCAGAGAAAGGGCCAAUCUUGUUUCCCUGCUGGCCAAAGUCAGUAGGAGUGAAUGCAGUUUGCUAUUUGCUUGAGAAAGGAACUGUAUCAAUAAGCCUAACAUUGGUGCAAAGAUUGCCUCUUGAAUUAAACAAAAAAUAGACUGAAUAUCUGUACAAAUGAGACUGAAUGUUUGUACAAAUGGGGACAGCUGGAAGAGGAGGAGAGGGAGUGUGAAGACGGGGAACAGUUGGGAUUAAAACUAGAAAAGGCAGAAACAUGACCACAAGCCAGUCCCAGUUUCAGACUUCAUCUCCAAGAUAGAAUCUCAUCUCCUAAGAUGGGUGUUGCUUCCUAAUGUUUUCUUUUCUGUGGUUGCAGCCUGACCGAAAGUGAGAUGGGAAGAAGGGCUCAUUUAGCCAAAAAGCUCUUUAGCUCUCUUAAAUGCAAAGUGCACACUAAGAAGUUCCAUCUAACAAAUGACUUUCUACCUAAUUAAUUCCAAUUGUCUCUAUCCGAACAUUUUGCUCUGCAUAUGCUAGGUAGCAUUAAAAUAUCCCAACCCCCUUAAGCCCCAGGUGCCCUAUGGGAAAGCAGUUGGAAUAUAGCAAAUACAGCAGAGCUGGGAUUUGUCUUCCUGGUUACAUUUUCACUCCCACCUCCAACUCCCUAGUCCCUGGAGCUUUGUAGCUGAUGUACUAAGAAGAAUAAACAGGAGACCACUCCUAAUUGAAAGCGAAAUUCUAAAGAUUCAUUCAACAGGCAUCGGGGUGAUGCCCUAUACCCCUGCCUGGGUUUCUUCUUGUUCAGGUGUAAGUUGUAGUAAGAUCUUUGAGAGCCAUUGCCUUCUCACUUCCUCUAAUGUCCCCUCUAUUUAUUUGGCCGAAGCAUCCCACAGUGGCAUAAGUAUUAUACCAAGAGGGUCAGGAACACAGGGCUUUCUGGUUCUAGCAUCAUCGCCUUCAAUAACAAAGCUGCUUGGAGAAAGGAUGGCAGCUUUAGGGCUUCCUUACUUCCUUCACAAGAGCCCCUCAGUGGAGGCCAUACUUUCCCCGUCCUGCUCUCUACUCCCCACUCCUAAGAGUACUUGGGUACCAAGGCUGGUUCUUGGGCUAUGUAUUGGGGACCAAGUUCAUUUCCUAUCAGUUCUAACACAGUCAGCUAUGAUGCCAGUGUUAGUGGGAAGAGCUGAAUUUUCCUAGUAUAUCCACUGGAUCCUAUUCCUAGGUGGUCAACACACUUCUUCCAGGCAUGGGACCUACCAAGUGUGGAAGUACCUGAUGAGGGAGAGGGAAAUACAAGGAGGGCCUCUGGAGAUCCUGGCCUCAGCCAGCUGACCACAAGCCAUAAACCAAUAAAACCAGGAAUACUGAGUC